GCUAAUUUAAAUCCGCCCGUGUUCCGGUUUCGAUUAUUUAAAAGGAAUUUAACUAUCCAAAGUACAUUUAGUUUGUUCCAAAGUAAAGCACAACUAUUUUAAUCAAUUUUAAAAAAUGGGUGACGAACCAGUAAUGGCAACAAACGACGACGCCAGCGAAUGCAAAAGAGGCGCCGUACAACUGGGCUACUGGACGGACAAUUACAUCCCCUAUUUCGUCAGGCACAUUGAAAGAAAAGCCCCGGAAAUCAACCGAGGGUAUUUCGCACGAAUAAAAGCCGUCGAUAAUUUCAUUCAAAAAUUCAUCAAUCGAGCUGGCAGCAACGCACAAAUUAUCAACUUCGGUGCCGGUUUCGAUACUUUGUAUUGGCGUUUGAAAGAUGAAGGUAUCGUCAUAUCCGGCUACGUGGAAUUGGAUUUUCCUACUGUGACUUCGAAAAAAUGUUACACAAUCAAACGCAACAAGCCUUUAUUGGAUCGAAUUUAUGAGCAAGACGGUGAAGUUAGAUUUAGUUCUACUGAUAUGCACUCUGGCAACUUUCAUUGUUUAGGUGUAGACUUAAGAAAUAUACAACAAAUAAAAGAAAAAUUGCAACAAGCUGAAAUCAAAUUCGAUAAACCCACACUUUUUAUUGCGGAAUGUGUUUUAGUUUACAUUGAAAGCGAAUGGGUUAAUCGUUUACUUCAAUGGCUGUCGUCAGCUUUUUCAACAGGUUUUUUUAUAAAUUACGAAAUGUGCAACAUGAAUGACACUUUUGGAGACAUAAUGAUGGGAAAUUUGAGGGCUCGCGGAUGCAAUUUGGCUGGUAUAUCGAAUUGUAAAAAUUUAGAUACGCAAAAAAGUAGAUUUAUCGAUAACGGUUGGUCGGGUGCUAAAGCUUGGGAUAUGGUGGAAGUAUAUCAUUCCAUAGAGCCCGCUGAACGAGCACGGAUCGAAAAAAUCGAGUUUUUAGAUGAACAAGAGCUUUUAAUACAACUUUUCCAACAUUAUUGUAUCUGUAUCGGGUGGUUGGGUAACGAUUUUGCCGAUUUCGAAAUUGGUAUGUAAUCAGUUUCAGGUAAUUUAUAAUAAGACUGUGAUAUUAUAUUAUGGAUCGAUUUUUUCUUAACUCAUCAUCUAUUUUUCUGUGUGAUAAAUGUACUAAUUCUAUUAUACUUGUGAAAUAAACUGGUAUCGAUGUUUGAA